CGACUGAGUGUUGUUCGAUGCUGGAUCUCGAUGUGGUAAACUUUUUAGGUCAUCCAUACACUAAGUCUCCAGCAACUUGAAAUUGAAUAUAGUGUGCAAGAAGCUUUGCUGAUGAGCAAAAGCAAUUGCGCGAUGAAUGUGCACCCGUAGUACCGCCCGGUGCCAGAGACACCUCAAAUGAAAUAAUGAUCCACCACGAGUGUUGUAAUGAUAAUGAAUAAUUGCAAAAAAGAGGAUGCGAAAAUGCUUCCGAAAUGAAGUUGAAGCGCAUCAUAGAUCAACAAAUCAGAGUAAGUGCCACCGAUGAAUGUGCAUGUACACCGAAAGUUGUGCUCCGUAUGUUUUUCGAUCCACAAAAAAUGAGAGCUCGAAGAAUUUGCAUUUUUCAGCUGUGAGGAUGUUUAUGAAUGAUCAUGAGAAAUUACUUGAAGAACCAAACAUUUUCGAUCCAAAAUGACGCGGUACUAUGCUGGGUCCUCCGAUAAAAGAAGCCGUGCUUUUCAUGAAAACGAAAACCGCGCGAGCGAUCUCUCUCAUUCUCUCAACUCAAAAAACUACUAGAUCGCCGUGCGUAGGCCUUUUUCCAUGACCGACGAUGCGAUGUCAAUUUUGAACCCAAUGCAAAAUUUUCCGCACACAGCCGCUUCUCAGUGACACUUAAUUCGACGAACCUCGAAUUCGGUAUUACUUAUCAUCGAUUUAUCUACGUAAUUCUUUACGAUUAAAUCCCUGCUAAACUACAAAGCUGUAUUGACGAGCAUUGUCAAGACUUAAUCACAACAACUACAUCGUCAAUUGCAUCAAGAAAACUUUUGCUAAGUUGUCAAUACGACACUUCUUACAAACUUUUAACCGAGAAAAUCAACCCUAAAGCAUCAAACUUUCAAACUACACCUCCAAAAACUGCCUCGCGUUUAAGAACCUUAUUUGUCUCUUGUUGUCUACUGAGAACAUAAUUGAUCAUCUUUUGUACAAGUACUUAAAUACUUGCUUUUCUUGCUUAACCUACCAGCGUAAUAUAUUCAACGCCAAAGCAACAUAAAUAUCGAAAAUGACCGCCACCGUCUCCGUUCGUGACGAUGAGAAGAUGGACUUCCCUGUGGUCCAAGAGUUCGAGGAACUCAACCUGCAGGAAAACUUGCUCCGGGGUAUCUACUCCUACGGUUUCGAGAAGCCGUCCGCUAUUCAGCAGCGCGGCAUUACACCCAUCCUCGCGGGGCGUGAUACUAUCGGACAGGCGCAGUCUGGUACCGGAAAGACCGCCACCUUUGUCAUUGGUGGUUUGCAGAAAAUCGACCCCACCCUGCGUGGAGUGCAGGUUCUGAUUUUGGCACCGACGCGUGAGUUAGCCAACCAGAUCCACAAGGUAUAGUUUUGGUUUGUGGAUGUAGAAUACCUGAUACUAGGUAGUAAACCAAAAUCCGCAUGAUCGGUACUUCUCCUUUGCAUGUAGUCGAUGUAGUCCAUGUCCACGGAAUGUGGGUUUCGUUACGUAUAAAGUUGUUUACGAUCGCAGAAGUAGGCAAAACUAAGGCAUCCCGCACAGGAGUUCGAAUUUGUUUUGAUUCCAAUCCAGGUCGUCCAAAAUUUUUCUCUCUACAUGAAAAUCGAAUCCCACGUGUGCACGGGUGGUACCGACGUCAAAUCCGACGUUGACAAGUUGAACAACGGUUGCCACAUCAUCGUGGGUACCCCGGGACGCGUGUUCGACCUGAUCUACAAGCGCCACCUGAAGGUCGACGACAUCAACCUCCUCGUUCUCGACGAAGCCGAUGAGAUGCUCGGAAACCGCGGGUUCAAGGAGCAGGUAUUAAUAUACUGGACCGAUGUGGUGCUGAUUGAUUCUCAUCAACACUUGGAAAGUCUCUAUGCAUGACUUCUGUGGAAGAACCUUCGACGCACUAAGGGCUGCUGCUCACUUUUUCCUGCCACUCGUGUUUAUGCAUGAAUCGACUGAGGGCGGAAAAGUGAAUCAAAUGGAAUCGACUGACAAAAAAUUGCACCAUCAAAAAUGCAGGUUUACGACAUCUUCAAGUACCUGCCGUCUGAGGUUCAGGUCAGUUUGUUUUCCGCAACGCUUCCGCCAGAGAUUCUGGACUUGACGACCCGAUUUAUGCGCUCCCCAGUUCGCAUCCUGGUGAAGAAGGACGAGCUCACCCUUGAGGGUACUUACGCGACAGCGUCGCAACUGUUCUUGCGUUUCUAGUUAUGUGUCGCCUUAUACAACAAGAUUUUUACUUUGCAUGAACUACCAUGCUGGACGAUUUUGCCUUGCCAAAGCCAAACAAAGAAAAAAAAAUGAAUCUACGCUCUUGAUAUUGAUUCUUCCAAACAAAUUCCAGGUAUCAGCGAGUUUUUCAUCGAUAUUGAUGAGGAGAAGAACAAGUUGGAUGUGUUGUGCGAUUUGUACGAAACCCUGACCAUCCAGCAGUCCAUCAUCUACUGCAACACGAAGCAGAAGGCCAACUGGCUCGCGGAGAAAAUGAACGAAAACGAUUUCACGGUCUCCGUCAUCCACGCGGACUUCGACCAGAAGGACCGCGAGCGCGUCAUGCGCGAAUUCAUCAACGGCGCCAGUCGGGUCUUGAUCUCCACAGAUUUGCUGGCACGAGGUACAGAUUUUUUUACAUACUUAUGAUUUUUAUGCCUUUCAUCGGACGCGAUUCACGAAAAUAUGCAGUUCCAAGUUCGUUGUAGAGACGAGGACUCAACGUCAACAUCUCAUAGUAUAAUCCUGUUCACAACUACUUCUUCUACCCAGGUAUCGAUAUCCAGCAAGUUUCUCUGGUGAUCAACUACGAUUUGCCAGUGAAGAUGGAGAACUACUUGCACCGUAUUGGUCGAUCCGGUCGUUACGGUCGUAAGGGUGUUGGUAUCAACUUCUGCACGGAAAAGGACAAGAGCUACUUGAAGGAGAUCGAGCGGUACUACGGUACGCAGAUCCAGGAGAUGCCGGAGGACCUGGAGCGUUACUUGUAAACGGAGCAGGCUGGUCUUGAUUGUUCGGAGGAAAUGGAAAACAACUUGAAUCAACAGAGGACGGCAAGAGCAGGUGACUGAAGCGCCUUUUUUCGAAGGAUGCGACAAGUAGAUUGAGUGGUCUUCACCUACCACCUCCACUUUGUUUCUUGUCGGACUCAUUGCAACCAACUAUGUAUAAACGGAUACAGAAUAAACCCAGACGCAACCAUGUUUAAAUUGAUACAACACGCAGAAACGAAAUCGCAACGCAACUAUUUUUAAAAGAACCAAUGCACAGCGGCAGCAGAAGCUCCAAGUCAAAAUGUCGUAUAUCAAUGAUCAUCAAAUAAAGGCAGAAAUGGAGCCACAGGUGUUGUGGUAGCUUGGGAAAGUGGCAGGCAAUGCAGGAGGAACGUUUUUAUCAAAUAGAAAUGCUCAGCCUCAGUGUAAAAAUUAUUCCCCGCGACAAUUUUCGAGUCACAUAAUUUUCUAGCCCGUUGAACAAUGUACAAAAUCUAUCCGACAAAUGUACUUCUGCUUCAUCAAAAGGAAACUUCAUGAGACACGAGCUUUUCGACGGUGCCUUGUCCUUUCUUGGAUUUUUACAUGUUUUGACGUUUCUUUCAGCGCGACGGCCGUUCUCCUGAUAUCUACGACGCAAGUUAUAGAUACGCAUACGCCACGCUACCACAUUUCAACACAAUAACUCUGUGCAGGAGCAUGAACAUGAUCUCAAGAUAAUGAGGGGAAACAAAAGGAUCUCUUUCACGCGACGCACAUCAAACCUUCCCAUUAGAAAAUCCAAAGACUGAUUUAUCUAUGGAGGCCAUGUAUGUUUGAAGUACCCAAAUUAUUCUCUACCUUAU